GAUGGAACGUAAGUCACAGAAAAUUGAGGUUGUGGUGGCAGAUGCAGAGAGAUAGUUGGGUGUGGGAGACAUGACAUUAGAAGAUUUACAGGGUGUGUUAAGUGGUGGUGUCUCAUCCUUUCAGGUUGUUGGCCUGAGGUAGGACUAAAUAUAUUUAAAUUGUGGAGUAGGGUGGUGUUUUUUUUUUGUGAGUGUAGUGUUAGAGGGUAGUUAAAAAUAUAUAUAUAUAAAAUAAAGAAAAAUUCAAGCAAAGUAUAAUGGAGUUAGUUCUACUCCAGUGUAGUAUGUGGCUGUAAUGCAACAUUGGAUGCUAACCGCUGUUACACCUCAUCAAAGAAGCAGCAAGCUCUACGCAAAUAACUUACGUUCACUUUAACUAAGAGGUCCCCAGUUGCAGACAUGACAUGUGCACGGCAUCACUCCUCAUUGGCUUACUAAAAUAAUGUGCGUGACAGCCUCCUUGCUUUUUUUUUUUUACAAUAUCACUGGCACCUCCAAGUCUGGUUGACACAUUUCAAUUGAUUAAACAUGUUUCUGGCCAAAAGACUCAUCGGUGGCAUUCUUGAUGUCGUAAGCAAUAUUGAUCCAGCUGUGUUUGUGCCCUCUGACCCACCCGCACCACGAAGGCCACUUGCGUACGCAGAGCAGAAUGAGAGUGACGAGGAAAGACAGUUUCGCAAAGUUUUCCAGCAGUUGGCUGGAGAUGACAUGGAGGUGAGCCCAACUGAAUUGAUGAACAUCUUGAACAGAAUUAUUUCCAAACAUGGUGACCUGAAGACAGACGGGUUUAGCAUUGAGUCCUGCAGGAGCAUGGUUGCAGUCAUGGAUUGUGACAGUACUGGGAAGCUUGGAUUCCAUGAGUUCAAACACCUCUGGAACAAUAUCAAGAAAUGGCAGGGUGUGUAUAAGACUUAUGACACUGAUGGCUCUGGGGUUAUUGGUGCAGAUGAGCUUCCCAAUGCUUUCAGGGCGGCAGGCUUUCCCCUCAAUGAUGAGCUGUUCCAGAUGAUCAUUCGCAGAUACAGCGAUGAGAAUGGGAACAUGGAUUUUGACAACUGCAUUGGCUGCCUUGUGAGACUGGACGCUAUGUGCCGUGCCUUCAAAACCUUAGACAAGAGUAACAAUGGAACUAUCAAGGUCAACGUUCAAGAGUGGCUCCAGUUGACAAUGUACUCCUAAGCACAUUAAAUGGCUACACGUGUUUACAAAACAAAACCACCCUUUCUACAUGGCGCUGCGCUUUAGACCACUCCAGGGACCCCCUAUGUCAGUCAACCAGCCCCCCAAUUUAUGCAGGUUUCCCUACAUGCUUUGCAACCUACACUAUGUGAAUAUAGCAUAUAGAGUUGUAGACCAAUUUGUAGACUAUUGUGGUAGCAAAAACCUGCACACGGUGUUCUUUGGGCUGCUCAAUACCAAUGCUAGUCUUGCACUCGCCCACGACUAUCUGCUUGUUUUCCUUUUGAAUUCAAGAAAACCUCUGCACAGGCUAUGGCUGUCUUCGCCUUUCAAAGAGCUCUCUCAAAUAGUAGUCAUUUAACAAUUAUUUAAGCCAGUUAUGAAAUAGUCUGUCACAUAUGUAGCUACACAACGCCAAUACAAUGCUAGUUUUUGUCAUGUCUCACAACAUUGUCUUGUGCCAUUGCUUCAUGAAGCCAACAGAUGCCAUUUAAUGAUUGGGUAAAUGUUGCCAUAAGUCAUUGAGCUGUUAUUACUUUGAAAUGUAUGGAAUUAAAGAAAUCUUAAUGUA